AUGUUUCCAACACCUGAUUUAUCUCAUUUUACACGAAAUGAUUAUAAUGAAAUUUAUGAACCAGAUGCUGAUUCAUUUCUACUACUUGAUGCACUUGAAUUAAAAUUAAAUAAAAUUCUUGAACAAAAACCUUUUAUUAUUCUUGAAUUUGGUUGUGGUUCAGGUUUAGCAACAACAUUUAUUGCAAAACAUUUUUGUCCGACAUCAUGUCUUUUUUUUGCUAUUGAUAUGAAUCCAUAUGCAUGUUAUUCAACUCGAAGAACAUUUCAUCAAAAUAAUGUUCAUAAUAAACAUUGUUUAAAUAUAAUACAAUGUAAUCUAGGUGAUCCUUUAAUUGAUCGUUUAUCAUCAAAAAUUGAUUUAAUACUUUUUAAUCCACCUUAUGUUCCAACUGAAACAUCAGAUGUUAAAGAAGUUAUUGAAAGAACAUAUGCAGGUGGAAAACAAGGUAUUGAAGUUAUAGAAAAAGCUAUUGAACAAGCAAGUCGUUUAUUAUCAUCUAAAGGUUUAUUUUAUAUGGUUGCAUUAGAAGAAAAUAAUUUUGAUACAUUAAAAGAAUUAGGUAAUCAAGUUGGAUUAAAUAUUGAAAUUGUACUUAAACGACGUACAUGUAUCGAACGAUUAUUUGUUGUUGAAUUUCAAAGAAAUUAA